UGCAAUACCUGCUUUGGGGGCUAGGUGGCGCUCUUCUAUUCCAACGCUGUAGAAGUAGAAGCCUUUCUAAGCGUAGAAGAAGUCAGCUGGCGGUUUGCCGUUUGCCGACCGAAAGAGAGGGAAAACCAAAACAGAAGUCGAGGCGGACGUUUGGACUGGGCUGUGAGAUUUAAGUUUCUGAAAUAUACUGAGUCCUAGACAGUUGUCAAAGGAGGAGGAAAGUAAGUGAACGUGAUUUAAUAUCCAUCAAAAAUAUUUGGUUUUCUUACUCGGUAUAUACUGUCCUGUCGAUAUCGUUUCACAAGUUCACACACUCGUUUUAGGGGUGUUAGUGUUUCAUCAUUGAAGCUUUUUUUCUGCUCUCUGGUGGCAGAAUGCAGAGGGCGUCCCGUUUAAAGCGUGAACUGCAGAUGCUGAGCACCGAGCCUCCCCCCGGGAUCACAUGCUGGCAGACCGAGGAGCGGAUAGACGACCUCCGGGCACGUAAGGGUUUCAAGCUUUAUGUUUGCAGCCAUAGAACUACACCAUGGAUUCAGCAGUCGUUGUAAGCAAAGGCAAACAACUAUCCUCAAACGACCCAGUAAAACACCAUGAAAUUCAAUAUAAUUAAGUUAUUAAACAAAGUGUUGUAUUGGAUGAUGUUCCUCAUAUUUUAUCCACAUGAAAACACAUGUUCAAAAGUUAUGGCUGCUCUAAAUAUUUACCUCUUCCUUUGGUUGACAGAGAUUGUUGGUGGAUCAGACACUCCAUAUGAAGGUGGACUCUUCUCCUUAGAGAUCAAGGUCCCAGAGAGGUAUAUUUUCACUGUUGACAGAGCUAUUCUGUUAAAGUAUGUCCACAUCAUGAAAACUUUAUACUAACUUGUAUGCCUGUUGUGCUGUUUUUCUACAGGUACCCAUUUGAGCCACCCACAAUUAGGUUUUUGACCCCCAUCUACCAUCCCAACAUUGACAGCUCUGGGCGAAUAUGCCAUGAUGCUCUUAAACUCCCUCCAAAGGUAAAAUCAGAUGACAUUUGAUUUAAGUGAUAAUUUCUGUCCCUUUUAUCAUCCCGCUUUUGUUGAUAUAUGAUCACCCACUGAUUUAUGUCUCCUUUUUUGUUUUUUUAUUUAGGGUGCCUGGAAGCCAUCCCUCAACAUCCCCUCUGUCCUAACCUCCAUUCAGCUCCUCAUGGCUGAGCCCAAUCCAGACGAUCCACUCAUGGCUGAUAUUGUGAGUCUGAAAAUUUACAUCCAUAUGUUAUCAUAGUCUGUGUUUAGAGACACAAUGGUGAUAUGAUAUGAUGAUAUGAUUUUGUGUUUAAACUUUGCCAGGCAAUCAUUGUACAGACAGAGAUAUGGUUGCAUGGCAAAAGAGUUUUUGCACAUAAGAAUCACAAAGAGAUUUAUAACACUAUGCCAGAAAUGUGCACCUUGAAUAGAAUUCAAUACUUUUUCUGGUGUACAUAUUUCUCCAAAGCUUGAAGUUUGGUUAAACACAUUGAUAUCUCUUGCAGUAUCAGUUUAGAAAUAACUUUUGCAGACAAUAAAUCUCAGCUUCCUAUAAUCACAACACUGCAGUGGGAAGCUUUGAUUUGUAAUACUCCAAUCAGUUGUAAACUGUGCUCUCUACAUGUGUGAAGAGAUGUUCAUUUAUCGUGUUUUGAAUGCAGUCAUCAGAAUUCAAAUACAACAAACAACUGUUCAUGGAGAAAGCCCGGAAGUGGACACAGGAGCAUGCUGUUCAGAAGAAUACGGUAAGAAAAAAUUUGGCUGUAUCAGUAAAGAUAUGGCUGUAUCAGUAUAAACUGUGUCAGUAUAGUAUGUUAAUCCAACAACUAUUAUAGCUCUAAGCAGCUGUGGCAAAAGUAUUACAAGUAGAAAUAUAAGCAUUGUGACUUCAUCAGUUGACUAGAUAUAUGUAGUAGUCUACUUUACCCACAAGGUGGUGCUAUACCCCUUCAAUAAAAUGUUGUCCAAUACUCUGACAUCAUUUUGUUGCAAAGUGAUGGUGUUUGAUUCAUGUUUAAUGAAUGUGCAUGGAACAAAGACCGAUAAGCAUUAUUAUUAAUAUAUAAAAUUGUAUUUCAGGGAGUUGUCGAGGGCAACAAAGAAAAUAAUCCAGAUCAAAAAGCUUUGAACCGCAAAAGAGAGGCACAACAGGAGGGAGAGGAGUCAGCUAAGAGAAGCUGUGUUUAGUUUGUGUCUUAUAUGGUCCACAUGGGUGUCUAGUCCCCACACCAUCCUUGUUUUAUACACCGUUAAGAACAUGACUUGACUUCUUCUGUAACCAUUUGCUAUGUUGUAAUAUCCCCAGACCUCAUAUAGAGACACUUUAUAUGUUUAAUGUUCAUGUUUGUGUUGUGAUAUUAAAGUUUAUUUUAAACAAUUA